GCAUCUGUCUUCACCAGAGUCCACGGAGCGCGCAGUAUGGAUCCGUUACGCAUUACGCACUAUGGUGUCCUUUCUGGCACAGAUGGUUUUCUGGCACGCGUUUCAGACAGUUGUAAAGACAUCAGCUCUUAAAAGCAGGCUCCUUGGUCACCUGUAGUAACAAAAAACGUCCAAGUCUUUAAUGCAGAGAAGGGAGAUACAAGUGAUUCGUGAAGACUUUUUUUUUCUACGCUCUGCUCCGACGCGCAUUCACACACUGUUUUGGACUUAUUUUCAGCAGGAUAUCAUUUGUUGCAUCUACAUUUUUGGGUGUUUACUAUAUGUGGAUACUUAUUCGGGACCAUGGGAGACUCCGUGUUCUUCGACAGGCAAAAUUCCUAUCUUGGUGAUUUCACGUGGAGCAGCCUGUCGGGGCGGAGCGUGCGUCUGAUGCCAGUUGCCAUCCAGAGCCUGUCGGAGCUGGAGAGGGCCAAGCUGCAAGACGUGGCCUACACCCGUUUACACCAGGACUAUGACCUGGGAUGUCAGAUAACUAUGCCAAAAGAUGGACAGAAGAGGAAAAAAUCGCUGAGGAGGAAGUUGGACUCUCUUGCAAAAGAGAAGAGUAAAGACAAAGAAUGGAUACCACAGGCCUUCAGUAUACCACUCUCCCAGGUCAUUGCUAAUGACAGAACUCACAGGCAGCGUCAGGACAGUUAUCGUCAGGACCCUCCACAACGCGAGGAACACAAGGACUCCUCUGACCUUGUGUCGUCCAUUUUUUACGGUCUGUCACUUUCUGAUAAUCUUUAA